UUUUUCCUCCCUUUCUCUCUUCAUUUCUCUCUCUCUCUCUUUUUCCACAUAGGUGCACUGUACCUUCAAGGUAAAUAAAAGUAAGACUGCCGUAUUCAACAGGUUGGCGGAUGGACAGGGGAAAGGCAAGCCAGAACCACGUCCACUGUCAAGGCCCAUAAAUGCCCUCAUUGCCCUGGCAGUUUUACGAGACAAUCACAUUUGAAGGUCCAUUUGCGAACCCACACAGGCGAGAAACCGUUCUCGUGCCCCAGGUGUUCUUACCGCUGUGCCCGUAAAUAUGAUCUGAAAAGGCACCUUCAGGUUCACUUGUUCAAGGAGCAGCAGCAGAGUUCAACAUGAGGAGCACACAGGGAAACACAAUGGUUAACUUGGAAGCACUGAGGACUCUGGGAGCAGGUGCCAAGAGUGUAAGGAACGAGUUAGACAAGCGCUUUUCAUGCCAGCACUGCCCAUACCGCUCUACCAAAAAACAACACCUUAAAGAACACCUCCGUGUUCAUACAGGCGAGAAGCCCUUCUCAUGCCCGUACUGCCCUUUCCGUUGUGCCUAUUCCAGCACUCUGAAAAAUCACAUUCGGACACAUACAGGAGAGAGGCCCUACAGUUGCCCCCACUGCUCCUUCUGCUGUGCUCAACACAGUACCUUGAUGAAGCACAUCCGUGGAAGGCAUUAUAAAACCUGAAAGUUUUUUCAGACUGAAAUGUAGCUCAGUGCAAUAGUGAAAUAUUUUAUAUUUUUAGGACAUAUACAGAGUAUUUGCCACAGAAAUGAGCCAGUCACUCAUGUUAUUAUUAUAUUUUGUAAUGAAAUCAGCAAGAAGAUGCCACUCAGUGAUUAUGCCUUUGCCAAAGGAUGUAUUACUCUGACUGAAUAUUCCAUAUGAACAUGUACCCCCUGCAAGCGUCCAUCUUACUAAGGUCCUGUGGAGAUGGACACCGGAUAUAUCAUGACACUAAACAUAUAUUUUCACACCUACUGCAUCAUAUUUUGGUUUGUCAAAUUAAGCUGCCAGUUUGGUAAUUUCUCCUCAGGGUGUGUGUGUGUGUGUGUGUGUGUGUGUGUGUGUGUGU